UGUCCGGGCUGCAUGGUGAAUAUCGGACAAGAAUAAAUUCUAUUCUAGACAGUCAUUGUGGGUGAGAGUGCAAGUCCACGGGAAUAUAAUAAAAAAACUCCUUCCUGUUUAAGGUAAAUAAAUAAAAAAACAAAACCAGAGACAAUUAAGAGCGUGUAUCGGUUUCCUGCUUUAAACGGAGUAGCUGCUCGACUGUCCAUUCAGUGUCUAUCUUGCCACUAUAUUAUUGGCCGCAGACGCUUGAUAGGUGCUGGCGGCGCAUGUCUGCAGCAAAAAGGCAGACAAGGAGCGUCUGUGUGAUGAAUGGAAAACCAGACUGGCUCCGCUGUAAGACAGCGGUGAUCGGAUAACCUGUUGAACUGCAGCUGUCAGUCAGCUCCUAAGUCAUGCAGGAAUCACAGGCAGAAAAAAAACAAAAAACAAAAAAAACAUUUAAUUGGGGAAACGCGCUACCUCUAGGGGAACAAAAGUGGCUUUAUACGCUGUCUGGUAGCUGAUGAGCUUGUCUGCAGAACCUCUGAAGAAAUGGAAAUGGAAACUUCUGAAGACUAUUCUACUAGUAACGGCCAGUGCUCUUCCAGUAAGGAGGACUCGAGAAUGUUAGUGGAUAUGUCAUCACCUAAUGUACUACCACUUCCCCAGGGUCCUAAUUCCCCCAAUGAAGUGGCCAUUAAGCAAGAGGAAGAUCUGGUGGAAGAUGGUGACAACAGCAGCCCAGCACCUGAAGAAAUAGGCCACACAGGAGAUGAAGGAGCAACACCUGACGAAUCUAUUACUAGCAGCCCACACGAUGUACAGGAUGGAUUGUCUGGGCCAAAUGUACCAUCAGAUGCAGGGGUUAGACAACAAAACGGUGACAGGCCGUUCCAGUGCAACCAGUGUGGUGUGUCGUUCACUCAGAAGGGGAACCUGCUGCGACACAUUAAACUGCACACAGGUGAAAAACCCUUCAAAUGCCCCUUCUGCAGCUAUGCUUGCCGACGUCGUGAUGCCCUCACUGGUCAUCUUCGUACUCAUGCUGUUGGCAAACCACACAAGUGUAACUUCUGUGGACGGAGUUACAAACAACGGACAUCCCUGGAGGAGCACAAAGAGCGCUGCCACAGUUACCUCAGCUUGGAUCCUGGUGCCAACACAGGCUCUUACACAGGCGAAGUUCCAAAAGAGGCCAGGGCCAUGGCUGAGCCCGGCAGCAUGCCUGCCUUCGAUCGGCCACCUGUCAUCGAAAGACUGCCUACUAAUGUUGGCAAGAGGAAAAGCACUACACCUCAAAAAUUUGUGGGAGAAAAGAUUCGCUACAGCUAUCCUGAAAUGGGCUAUCAUGAGAUGCGUCUGAAGUAUGAAAAUCAUCCUGAAUUGAUGCCCCACCACAUGAUGGACCAGGCAAUCAACAAUGCCAUGACAUACUUAGGAUCAGAUACCCUCCGUCCUAUGCUCCACCAUCCUGGUCCAUCUAUGUCUAUGGCUGAGGUUGUACCCAUUGUCAACCCCCUUUACCGCCAUGUUCUACCAUUGGGCCAGCAACCAGAACGUCUGGGAAACUGUGGAACACUUCCAUCACAUGCGCCCCAAUCCCAGGAGUUCCCCAGCCAUGGCACUUCAAAUGGCCCUACUUCCUUAACUCGACAAAACAAGCAACCUCAGCCAUCACAGGAGGAAUCAGCAAGCAACAGUGGCAUUGACUCGGCUGACUCGGCUCGAAGCAGCCCUCAGGACAGGCAGGGCUACCUUAAUACCAAUGCAUCUGCAGGCCUCAGGUCACUUGCCAGUCCAGCUGUGGGCUCUAGUGAACGAGUUAUAGAUGUGUCACCGAGGAAUGGAACAGGAGUGGGAUCGGGGAUUAUGCGAGUGGUCACAGAGAGGCCAGUGGGUCACGAAGGGGUGCGGGUGUUCGCUCGAGAUGGCCACGAGCUGCGAGUCUUUCAGUGCGAGCACUGUCGACUUCUCUUUUUGGACCACGUUAUGUACACCAUCCAUAUGGGUUGCCAUGGUUACAGAGAUCCCCUGGAGUGCAACAUCUGUGGUCAUCGAAGCAAAGACCGCUAUGAGUUUUCUUCGCACAUAGUUCGAGGGGAGCACACUUUCAAUUAAAAGGGACAAAUCAGAAGCAAGCGGUACACUUAGGAAAGAAGAUGAGCAAUAACUUGAUAUCCAUCCUUUCCCUGUGAAAGUGCAUAGUUUAAGGGGACUGUAGACAAGUGUAGCACAAUCAAAGACUUAUUUUUAAGCUACUGGUUGUAAAUUAGAGCUGUUGAACAAUCACAUGAAGGUAUGGGCCAAAGACAUCUUUUGUACUUAUUUAAGUAACUUAGAACACAGAAUUUAUUUUUAUUUUUCCUCUUUUCUAAACAAAUUUGUUGUUUAUCAGAUCAGCUGCCAGAGAGCAUUAUACUUUUUUUUAUUUAUUUUAAUCUUACAUAGAAAUAUCUAUCAUGGAGCUAUUAAGUUUUAAGGUUUAAUCAGCAGCAAAUAUCACAGUGAUAUAGUCAAAUACCAUGAAGACUCAGUAAAAUGUAUAAAAUGAAAUCAGUUUAGAACAAACUCAAUGGUGCAUUGCUGAUUCGAUUGUGGGAAUUAAGGAUAAACAAUACAUAAAAAGGUACAGUUAAUAUAUUUUUUUUAUACUAUAGAAGUUUGAGGACUUUGAAGUGAGAGGAGAAAUAUCAGUCCUACUGGCAGUGCAAUGGGUCAAACUAGUUUUACUAUCAAAUACAUUUUCUUAGAGAACAUUUUUUCCAAAUUAUAUAAUAGAUUUAAAGGUUAAAUACAUUUUUUUAAUGUAUUUGUUUGUUUACAUAUAUAAAUCCACAUUGAUCCAUGAAUGUUUUGGUAAUUUGAUGUUUUCAUUAGAGACAGAUAACAAAAACCAAAAAAUACAUGUUUUGUUUUUUUAAGUAUUCAUUUUUUAAUUUAAAUAAUACAUUGAAAUGCAGUCUUGUUUUCUUUCUCUUUAUGGUCAAAAUGAAUAAGAAGAAAUCUAAUUUGUCUUUAAAACAUAAGCUUAGAAAAAGCUUGAAUUUUGUUUUCCCCUGCACAGACACCUAAUUCUGCAGUCAUUGUAUACUGACUGUGGGAGUCGCUGUUGGGUCUGUACAUCUCAAAGGCGUUGUUCUAUCUUUUUGUUUUUCCACAAAAGAAAUACAGACCAAAAAGGUCAUAUUUGGAUAAGAACAGACAUUAGUUUUCCUUUGACACAAUUUUUAUUUGCAACAGUUUGAGGCAGAUGUGGAAAACAUUUACUCCAUCAGUAUUUAGACAGUGGCAUCAUGGGGUGAAGUGUAUAAUUGGCAAAUGCAAGUUGAGGUUUGGAGGGAGACAGAAUAUGAUAGAAUGGGUAACUUUUUGUUUUAUGUUUACCUGUGUAUAUAAAUAAAUUACCUGUGUAUAUAAAAUAAAUUCCAUAAGAUUAUUUUAUUUUAUCGAAUAUAAAAGAAAAUCAAACAAAAUUUUUAUUUCUGUUAACCUAUUCGUGACCACAAAACAAGAACAGCGUGUAUUUCAAUUUAUUAACCUUAAACUUUAAAACGUACAAAAAACAAAUCUGUUUUUCCAAUACAGGUUUUUGCUGUGCAAAUCCAGUUUCCAAGACAUUCAUGGAUCUGCAUGUCAUACAUAUUAUAAUUUAUCAGACAAUAUAUACAUAUAGACUACCGGUCAAAGGUUUUAGAUACACUGUCUCACUUAAUGAGUCUCUUUAUUUUCAUGACUAUUUAAAUUGUAGAUGUUUACCAAAGACAACAAAACUGUGAAUGAACACACAUGGAAUGAUGUCGUAAACAAAAAGUGUGAAAUAACUAAAUAAUUUUAUAUUUUAGAUUCUUUAAAAUAGCCAACCUUUGCUUUGAUUACCGCUUUGCUCUCUUGGCAUUCUCCCCAUGAGCUUCAUAAGGUGGUCAUCUGAAAUGGUUUUUCAAGAGUCUUGAAAGAACUUCCCAGAGGUUCAUUGAGAGACCGCCAAAGGUUAAUAUUUCAGUCAUCACAGCAAAGGGCGGCUACUUUAAGGAAUCUAAAAUAUAAAACACAUUAAAGUUAUUUUACCAUUUCUUGUUUGCUUCAUAAUUCCAUAUGUGUUCAUUCACAGUUUUGAUGCCUCAGUGAUAAUCUACGUACAAUGUAAAUAGUUCAUUAAAUUACCAUUAAAUGAAAAAGGCGUUCUAAAACUUUUGACCAGUAGUGUACAUAAUUCAUAUUAAAAUCUUUGCAAGGACAAUCAGUGUUUUAAAAGUACAUUUUAUUAGUCUGCUUAUCUCUAAUUAUUUAACACCUAAAUCAAUUUUACAUAUGUAAUCAUUCAGUUGUAGUUAUGCUGUCAAAAAUAUUUAAAAAAAAGAAAUUUCAGACACAUGCACUUACGAGGUUGGACACAGGCUCUGAAAUGAAGCAUGCUGAAAGGUAAGCAAAGAAGUACACAAAAUGUUACCUUACUGUUCAUGUGAAGGCUUAUUCAUAUGAAACCUGUGAUCAUUAAAAUCAGACUUUUUUCCUUCGGACUUUGUCGUAACGUUCUAGGUAUUCCAUAAAUAGGCACAAAUUAAUUUGUUUCCUUCUUUGAUUCCUGCACUUUUAGCACAGAGUUAGAUUUACAAACUUUCACCAUCACUGUCUUUUUAAACCUGAAAGAUUAUAUAAAUGUGCUAACUGACAGUAAAAAUAUAUUUUUGUUAACAUAAGGGGUGACUCGAGUUUCAGACUUCAGUUGCAAAAACAGACUUCAGACUUAAAUUUGAAGACUCAUGACUUGACUUAGGUGUGUGAUCUUAGACUCAAGUCUCGUUAUCAUUAUUUUGUCAUAUAUAAUCAGGAGUAACGUUUACUUCAUCAAAGUUUUAACAUCUCAAAUAAACUUGUCAUCAAAGGUUUUAAAUGUAGAAAUGUGACAUGAUUCCCUCAUAGGCCCAUCACAGUUUUUCCAUAUUGAACUAAAUGUUUAAAGGUUAAAUAAUAAUAGUUAAAACAUUAACCACAAAUGUUCAUGUGUUAAAUUAGACCAAAAGACAAACAGUAAAGUGCAGUACAGUACAGUGCAGUGUUUGAAUUUCUUUAGCAAAGCAGUGUUAUAGGCAGACUAGAUGCAUUUGAUGAGAAAAUUUUAAUUUCAGUCAAUACAGACAGGAGACUUGACUUGGACUUGCCCUCCAAAGACUUGAAACCUGGACUUGGGACAAAAGACAGGAGAGCUGACUUGGACUUGGGAAAAUGAUUCAUAAACAUGUUGGUACAUAAAAUGCAGAGGCCACUUACCCAAAUGGUUGUUAGAUGGUGAUUUAAACCAUUGGGUAUCAAAGAUAUAUUGCAAAGAAACAGACACUCUUUUCAAUAUACCUCACUUAGCAGAUUAUAAUUAAAAAAAAUAUAUCAUUGCAUAACUUAGUUUCAAUAAAAUGUGUAUUUUGGAGCACAGUAGAUACAUGCAGUUUUCAUUGUUUGUGCUUUUUGUGCAUUAUCACCAUCGCAGAGAAACUAUUUACUGACGCUAAAGCUCAAGUGUUGCAGUCUUGUCAUUCAUCUGCGGUUUUAUUAGGCCUAUCCGCCUCUAAUGGGGCUGCUCUUUUAUCUACACCUCUUCAACUCCGAUCUCACGAACAAGCAAGUACACACUAAUGUAUGUUAGUUUCCUUUACUUUGAAUCUUGCUUUGUGCGUUUGAUAUAUGCCAUUGCAUUCAUGUAUGACCUUUAACAGCAAAGAUUAAUAAAGUUACAGUAUGUGCUAGGGGAUAAGUGAAUAAAGUGUGGAUUUCGUGUACAAUAGUACUAAUACCACUAAAAGCACUUCCAAACGCUGCAGCAAAUGUUUUAUAUCACUUUAAUAAACAUCCAACGUUUAAGACUCAUGUAUUAAAAGAAUGUAAAGGCCAA